AUGACCACCGAUGACUUUGGCAAUCCUCUCAAAAAGUUCAAGCUCGUUUUCCUUGGAGAACAAAGUGUCGGCAAAACGUCGCUCAUAACCCGCUUCAUGUAUGAUACCUUUGAUAACACCUAUCAGGCAACCAUUGGCAUCGAUUUCUUAUCAAAAACCAUGUAUCUAGACGAUCGAACCAUCCGAUUACAACUUUGGGACACUGCUGGUCAGGAACGGUUCCGCUCCCUAAUCCCAAGCUAUAUUCGCGACUCUUCUGUGUGCGUGGUCGUCUACGAUAUCACGAAUCGUAAUUCUUUCACACACACGACCAAAUGGGUAGAUGAUGUACGCGCUGAGCGGGGAUCCGAUGUGAUCAUUGUUUUGGUAGGCAACAAGACCGAUCUUCACGAAAAACGCCAGGUGACAACGGAAGAAGCUGAACGCAAGGCAAGACAGAACAAUAUCUUGUAUAUCGAAACAAGUGCCAAACUUGGCCAUAAUGUAAAGGCCUUAUUUCGCAAAAUUGGCCAUGCUUUGCCUGGCAUGGAAAACCAUCACAGUGACGAUAAAGAACAACUGACCAAAGUGGAUUUAACGGAUACAUCGGAAAAAUUUCAGGAAGAACCAAGCUUUUGCGCAUGUUAG